AUGGAUGAUACCAAAAUAAUUUAUCACAUAGAUGAUGAGAAUACUCCUUAUUUGGUAAAACUUUCCGUCAAGGCGGAUAAAGUUACCCUCGGUGAUUUUAAAGCCGCAUUAAAUAGGCCAAAUUAUAAAUUCUUCUUUAAAUCUGUGGAUGCUGAUUUUGGUGUUGUCAAAGAAGAGAUUAGUGACGACACUGCAAGUCUGCCUUGCUUCAAUGGAAGGGUUAUUGCGUGGUUAGUGACUGCUGAUGGAAGUGCCAAAUCAGAUAAUCGUUCUUCAUCUGGUGAUGUUUUAGUCACCAACUUUGGCGAAUUCAUUGAGGAUUCCGGCAAAACUUCCAAUUUGAACAGAGAUGAUGUACCCAAUGUUGAUCGAGAUGAAUGCGAUACAUGUGGUGAUAGCGAAUCAGCCUGCAGUGGCGAUCAUCUUCCUCCCCUGCAAAACUUUCAUAACUACAAACAAGGCUACGCAAUUCCAGUAUUUAAUCUUGGUCUGCAGUGUGGUUACGUAGUGGGUUCCCGUCUUGGCAAAAUCGGAGGAGGAAGGGGAAACCAGAGCAUUUACGAUACGUCCUCCUCUAUGCUUAGCUCCGAUUUGGAGUCUACCAGCUUCUUCGACUCUGAGGAUGAGUCCAGUCGAUUUUCAACAGCUACUGGGACAACAAUGUCUUCGAUGCGCUACGGUGCUCACAGACAUCGUCGACGUAGACGUUUCAUGCCAAUAAACAGGAUCAGUGAGGAUGCUUCAUCAUAUAGCAGCAUGACUGACUCUACGAUGUCUCUGAACAUUGUGACGGUGACACUGAAGAUGGACACAGUUAAUUAUCUGGGCAUUUCCAUUGUUGGCCAAUCGAAUCGUGCGGGUGAUGGGGGUAUCUACGUAGGAUCAAUAAUGCGAGGAGGUGCUGUGGCUCUCGACGGACGGAUUGAACCCGGUGACAUGUUAUUGGAGGUCAAUGGAAUAUCGUUCGAGGAUAUGAGCAAUGAUGACGCUGUUCGAGUUCUCAGGGAACAGGUCCAGAAACCUGGGCCAAUAACACUGGUGGUUGCAAAGUGUUGGGACCCCAACCCGCGCCCAGGAGGUUUAGUCCUCUCCCGACAGGAACCCGUUCGGCCCAUCGAUCCACGUGCUUGGGUGCUCCAUACAAAUGCAAUGACAGCUGCAGGCGGCGUGGCAAAUGUUUCUUCAAUACCUUCAUCCAAUCUUGCUGCCGAUGGAAUGGCUGGCAUAUCUGAUGUCACCUCCACUGCUUUCAGUGGAAGUAAGUUUCAGAAACGUUCUUGUCGAACAAAACUUAAACCCUUCUAUGGCUACCUGCAAGGUAUCCUCUGUGAUUGUCUACUUUUUGUGAUCAUUCAGGACCUGAAGUUGAAGAUCGUUAUACACCCUUCUUUCUGUUUUAAUUUGUCAGCAUACCCCUCUAUGCAAUCAGGAGGAAUUACCAAUGGAUCUAAGAGUAUGCUUCCACUAUCCAAUAGCAAUGCUUCUGGCUCGUCUGUAACUGCCAAAUCGGGUCCUGAAUCGACCGUGACAGUAGGAAACGGAACUAUUGCACCUCCCCUCACGUCUCAUCUUCCUAGCUCGAAUCAGGCUCCUUCCGAGAUGAUCUCUGAGAAACCCCAGCAGCUGUCCAUUACAACUGAUAUGGCAUUGGUUGUAAGAGCUAUGCUUUUACCAGACUCUGGACUUGAAAUCCACGACAGGACUUGGCUAAAGAUCACCAUUUCUAACGCCGUUAUUGGCAAGUUCUUCUGUUCGGAAUUGGUUGAUUGGCUCUUCGCUCACGUGAACGGCUUCAUGGACCGCCGAGAAGUUCGGAAAUACGCAUCGAAUAUGCUCAAAUGUGGAUACAUCCGGCACACUGUCAAUAAGAACAACUUCUCAGAGCAGUGCUACUAUGUCUUCAGCGAGCUCGCUGGCAUAAGUUUAUUGAACCUGGAAGAGAUGGACUCAGUUUCUGAGAUUGGCGGGGCCUCCUCAGGGACACAUCAGAUUAUGUCAAUGAAGAAUGGUGUCACUUCUGCUGCUGCUGCAGGAUCUUCCUUGAUCUCUUCUGCCUACGUUCGAUCUCUACCACCAACAGGUUUCAGUGCGGUGAGUGCUGCCACCGUCACAACAGCCCCUCCGGGUACUUCUCAUUUCUGGCAGUCUAAUCAAACAAUUCCGAUGUUCCCUGCAAAUUCUCAACAAGGUUCGCCUCUCCCACUACCCCCACCUCCCAUCAACGCAACGGGACAUCCCAUGACAAAAGUGAUACUGCCCGAUUUACAGACUCCGGACGUGAUGGGACUACAGCAACAACAGCAGCGUCAAAAUGUUGCAGUGAUGGAAGAAGACGAAAGAGGUUCAACUGGUGGGUCAAGUAGUUCCACAUCCAGCUCCUCGACCUCUUCAACUUGUUCUUCCACCGCACGACGACCUCCACCUCCUCUACCUCAGCAGUCAUAUUCUGUUGAUACCAUGGCGCCCUCGGUGCAUUCUGUUUCGGUUACACCGUGUUCCUGCAUCAAUCUUCGACGAAGUCGUCGACGAAACUUAUCCAAACAUCCGAAUUCCCAACAAGUACCGCCUGUUUCAUCAAUUCAGUCUCGAGUUACUCAAGAUAACCACUCUGCUACAACCUCAGCUGUCAUUCAUCGUUUUACUGGAUUUCCUGAAGAACCCGCCACGCCUUCUUUUUCUGCCCCAUCUAUUUCUGGCCUUACUACUGGUGUAAUUCACCCAGAUUCUCGUGGAGCCUGUCUCUUGAAUUUUGGACAGGAUACGCCACCACUUUCUAGGGGGCCUUCAGCACUCCCACCUACAUCCAAUCAAACUAUAGCCACUGUAGCCCCGCAGUUGCCUUCAUGUGCCGUUCCUGCGGUCUCGCAAAGCGACCAGUAG